AUGGCUGCAGACUCCUUGUCAGUGGCGGACCUUGUACAAUGGGAGGCAUUUUCACAGGGGCGAACAAAGGGGAACAUGGAACAGCGAAUAGGACCUUGCCAGCCCUCUUUUGCCUCCUGUGCGAUUGGAUCUAACUGGUGCGUGCCUUUGGCCGUUAUCCUGUACAAGGCUCCCAGUUUCGGUCUUGCCGCAUUUGCCUCCAUCGUUGCUGACACUGUUGCUUGUGUGCAGGACAUUAACGAGGCCAUCUCCCGGCUGCCACAGGAUGUGCAGAUGGAGCGCAACAUGCGCCUGAAGCGCGCGAUGGACCUGUCCUUGAAGCAUGUCUACCUUGACAAGGAAAUGCAGGAGAAACAGACACCCUUCAACCACUACCUUCAGGGCACAUUGGAAGAAGUGAAGAAUGAGCAGAUGGAACGCUACAUGGUUGGUGCUGAGCGAACAUACGAUCGGUCGCUGCCAUGA